GCCGGCAAAUCCUCUUUGGCAUCGUUGGAGAUCACCGGAUCUCCGGCGAGAUGCAAUCGGGGGAGAUGAACCGCUGGACUGGCAUGCCUUACUCAGCUCGCUACUUCGAGAUAUUCGAGAAGAGGAAGGCACUUCCGGUUUGGUUGCAUAAAGAUGAAUUCUUGGAAGCUCUGAUGGCCAACCAGAUCCUCAUUCUCGUCGGGGAGACCGGAAGCGGCAAGACCACCCAGAUCCCUCAAUUUAUUUUGGAAGCUGAAGGCUUGGGAAAGCCUCUAGUAGUUGCAUGUACUCAACCUCGAAGAGUUGUUGCCAUGUCUGUUGCACGUCGGGUUGCUGAGGAGAUGGAUGUUUUACUAGGAGAAGAAGUUGGAUACACCAUUAGAUUUGAAGAUUGCAGUAGCCAGAAAACCAUAUUGAAGUAUUUAACUGAUGGUAUGCUGCUAAGAGAAGCCUCAGCUGAUCCACUACUGGAGAGAUACAAUGUGAUAAUUCUUGAUGAGGCACAUGAGCGAACCUUGGCAACCGAUGUUCUGUUUGGACUUCUCAAAGAGGUUCUUAUUAAAAGGCCUGAUCUGAAAUUAGUCAUCAUGAGUGCAACACUCGAGGCUGAGAAAUUUCAGGAUUACUUUAAUGUUGCACCACUGAUAAAGGUGCCUGGAAGGCUACAUCCUGUGGAUCUUUUUUAUACAUCGGAGCCUGAAGCAAAUUACCUGGAAGCUGCCAUUCGGACAGUUGUGCAGAUACAUAUGCGUGAACCUCCAGGUGAUAUCCUUCUGUUCCUCACUGGAGAGGAAGAGAUAGAAGAUGCUUGUAGGAAGAUAAAAAUGGAAAUCAGUGAUUUGGGUGAUCAGUUUGGUCCAGUGAAAGUGGUGCCCUUGUAUUCUUCACUCGCUCUUGUAAUGCAGCAAAAGAUAUUCGAACCCGCUCCUGCUCCUUUGAAAGAUGGUGGCCCACCGGGAAGGAAGAUUGUAGUGUCCACCAACAUUGCUGAAACUUCCCUGACAAUUGACGGUAUAGUUUAUGUUAUUGAUCCUGGAUUCUCAAAGCAAAAACUUUAUAAUCCACGUGUACGAGUUGAGUCCUUGCUGGUAACUCCGAUAUCUAAAGCAAGCGCCCAUCAAAGAUCAGGUCGUGCCGGUAGAACAUGUCCUGGAAAAUGUUUCAGACUUUACACUGAAAAUAGUUUCAAUACUGAUCUACAACCUCAAACAUAUCCUGAAUUACUGAGGUCAGAUCUGGCAAGUACUGUUCUCACUCUGAAGAAGCUUGGGAUUGAUGAUCUGGUGCAUUUUGACUUUAUGGAUCCUCCUGCUCCUGAGACUUUGAUGCGGGCAUUGGAAGUCUUGAAUUAUUUGGGUGCUCUGGAUGAUGAGGGAAACCUAACCAAGUUGGGAGAAAUGAUGAGUGAGUUACCUUUGGAUCCUCAGAUGUCGAAGAUGCUUAUUGUCAGUCCUGAAUUCAAUUGUUCCAAUGAGAUCCUCACAAUAACUGCUAUGCUCUCAGCACCCCCUUGCUUUGUCCGGCCUAAGGAAGCGCAGAGAGCUGCAGAUGAAGCAAAAGCUCAAUUCAGCCACAUCGAUGGGGAUCACCUCACACUCCUAAAUGUAUAUCAUGCAUACAAACAAAACAAUGAAGAUCCUCAAUGGUGCUUCGACAAUUUCAUCAACCCACGAGCCCUAAAGGUUGCCAGCAGCGUUAGGCAGCAGCUGGCGCGGAUCAUGUCCAGACUCAAGCUUAAGCUAUGCAGCACAAAUUUCAAUAGCAAUGCCUAUUACAUCAACAUCCGAAAGGCUCUGCUCUCCGGAUAUUUCAUGCAGGUAGCUCAUCUUGAGAGUAAAGGCGAAUACAUGACAGUGAAGGACAACCAGCCGGUUCAUUUGCAUCCUUCAACCUGUUUGGACCAUAAGCCGGAGUGGGUCGUUUACAAUGAAUAUGUCCUGACCAGUAGAGACUUCAUUCGCACUGUCACCGAUAUUCGUGGAGACUGGUUGGUCGACAUAGCUCCACAUUACUAUGAUCUCAGCAAUUUUCCGCCCGGAGAGGCAAGAGAAGUCCUCGAAAGGCUGUACGCCAAAUGCUAGCAGGAGAUUGGUUGGAAUUCGACAUGAAACAGAGCGAAAUAGCUUGUGUUGUUUAUGGGAUAUCAUCUCAAACAUUGGAGAUAUCUGUGUGUUUAUACUUGGUUUUAGCGUGUGUUGUUUAUGAGAUAUCAUCUUAAACAUUAGAAGAUGAUACAUUAUCUACAGGUUUAGACCAUGUUUACAUUCAUAUAUGUUUCAUAUUUUUCACUGCAACUCAACUCAACUCAA